GGCUUCAUGAUGAGUCGUUUUGGAACUUUUGGUUGGUCUGCAUGUGCUGUCGUGUUCGGUGGAAUAGUUUAAUUUUGCUUGUUCGCUUAUGAUUGUGCGAAAUUGUUCUAUUGCUUGAUGCAUUAUUUGUUCAUGCCGUUCCUGCUGUCCGCUUCCGGUGGAAAAGAAGAUGAACGGCGCUGCUGCACACUAGAAUUUGUAGCUAUCGCUUCCGGUCUUUGUUUUCAUUUUCACGGGUGUUCGCGCAGGGGGAAAAAGUGCUUCGUUCAGGAUACAUAAUUGUUAAAACUCCUUCGCAUAAAAGUGAUUCUAUAAUUCGCGUGGCAGAAAAAAAUUGAAAAUUGGGAGUGUAUUCAAUUAGAAAGGAAGCACCCAUAUUUUCCAGUUACAAAGAGCUAGUGAGUGCGAAUGAAUGAAGCAAAAAUAAUGUUCAUUUAGAGCAAGCUCUAUGCGAGAAAUUCAUAGAUUAUCAAUUGUGGAGGAAGGAACGAAUAAGUGCAAUUUAUGCUAUGCUCAAUCGGCGCUGCUAUCAAAACGACAGAAAGGAAACAGCCUAACCUUUGCGAGUGAAAAAUGUUGACGGCGAAUUAAAUAAACAACGUGAGCCUGUCGUCACAUACCAAGUGAAAUAUGUGUUAGCUGCGAAUGGUAGAGAGUGUUUGGAGUACUGGAUAUGUGUCAUGCAUAACCUACCACGUACAGCGCAAGCAAAUCCUAUUCAAGUAAAUUUCACGCAAUGCAAAAAAAACAACAUGCGAGACAGUAAGUCUAAUCUAAACAAACUCUGACGAACUCGUAUGCAGGUUGUGUUGCCUGUUCGAAAGGUAGCAAACCAAGGCAGAGCGACUUCGUGUCCGUCCAGAGCUCGCUGAACAUGCUGAAUAAGUGUUUGUGUUAACGUUAGUAUCAGCGUUAGUAGCCGCAACAACAUUUGUACAGAUGUUGGCAGAUGUGACAUCUAGUAAAUGUACAACGCAUAUUUACACGGUAUUUUCCACUAAGUCUUCGAGAGCUGCGAUGAAAAGCCAGUAAAACACAUUUUACGAGUAUUGAUAUGCUGGUAAUGUUGCCAGUUUCCAGUUUGGGAAGAAAGUAUAGUGUGAAGUGUUUAUUUGGUCUCUUGUGUUGAAAUCAUGAUUUAGCGAAGUUUUUUCGUUAAUAAAUGUCAGACAAAAGAAGUUAAUCUAAGCAGCGAAGCAGAUUCGUAAUUUUGAAAAGCAAAUGAUAGAAAAAAGUGAAAUAUUUAAUAAGUGUUUUCAAAGUGAUUUGAAGUGCAGACAUAAACAAACUUAUCGUGAACAUAGUUAAUAAACAGCGAAAAGCGAAGAACCUAUUGACAAUAGGGUGCGUCCAUCCCGCAGCCAAUGCUCGUUCAAUAGCGUACUACAGAAAUAUAGGCGGAAUAUUUUUUUCUUCAAAACACUGCUAGCUUUAUGUUAAUAUGGCACAUUCUAUCUUGUCUCUUGAAAUAAGCGAAAUCUAAUUUCCUACCCGUUCCGAGUUUAGCGUAUCGGUUAUUAUGCUUGAGGAAGCUGUGCCAAAGUAAGCAUAAUAAGGAAACAGCAGAAAAAUGUUGGGAGCACUUAGGCGCCGAUGGAGGACUACUCGAAGAUCUGUAUCGGCCGACCAGCAGUACGAGCCGGAUAGAGAAGGGUCCAAUGAGAUCAUUCCUCCUUCACGUUACAUAGAGUUCCUGAAAACCGAACGAAAUGCGAUUGUGGGAAAUACCAUAUCGCCUCCUCGAUACAUUGAAGUACGCCAGGGACGAAUCGUCCUAGAAUCGCAAAGGAUUAUCGACUUUAAUAACAAGACUGAUGGCGAUGAUCACUCCUUUGUCCAUAAUGCCAAAGAGAAGCUAGAUAUAGAAUCGCCUACAACGCUGGAACUGCCGGACGAUUACGAGCGACCACUGAUAAUACAAAGUGAACCACAGUCUCCGGUAUACGAGCGCGGGAAACCAGGCAGUUUGUACAUCAAUUCAUCUAACCGUUCGGAGUCAUGUAAAAAUACAGAUCAACUGGAAUCCAGAAUAGCUGAAUUAGAAGAUGCCUUAUUACGAUUGCAAGAUAGAGUAAACCAAAGCCAAUGUAACUCACCCACACUGGAAAAGGAAAUUAAGGAGCAUUUGGAAAUAAUGAAUAAAGUAAUUAAGACAAAGGACAAACAAUCGUUGCAAGCUUGUCGGGAGCACAAAACACUACAGGCUCGUUUCCAACGCCAGGAAAAUAGUCUGCUAAUUCUUCAAAGUGAGAAUAAGUCACUACACCAAAGAGUUAAACAGUACGAAGCCUGUUUAGAUGACAUAAUGCGGAAGGUGGUUGAUGCUUUAGUGGCAGAGGACAGUCUGAGAGAUGAAGUUUCUAUUCUUAAAAACCGAGUGCGGGAUCUGGAGGCACAGAAUGCUGCUCUAACUGGAAGUCCAGCGAAAAGUCGCGAUGAAGGUUACUGUACAAUGAGUUCCGGCCAACCACAGCCGACGCAGGAUAGUCAUCUGGCGGAAUUGCCUGAGGAACCAGAGCAAUGGCUAGUUUCUGCCGAACCGUGCACCGCGGAAAUGGAAGACUGGAGUAUGUCCCAAGAGGAACUAGCAACAGCCCUUGAAGAGGAUAGCCAUGAGUGGAUUUGGAAUUCUAGCUUUCUCACCACAACCGAGACACAAACAGAAGAUGUAUCAACAUUAUUAGAAGAGCAAGUAGUAUAUUCUGACGAUGAAGAGGUGGCUUGUACAAACUUUACGCGAGAUUUUUAUAGACUGGUUAACAUAAAGUCUGAAAGUACCCGGAGCCUCCAUUCACCAGCUCUGCCAGAUCUGACAACGGCUAGCAGUAGCGAUGAGAAUGAAAGAACUGCAAGUCCAUCCCCAAGCGAAGCUGGUCAAGCUCAGGUUCAUAGCUGUUCCUCUAGUGAAUCGAGCGACGUUAUAACCGAGAAAUACGAUCCUUCAUUUUCCACGUCAUCCCAUAAAAUACCUAUUGCUACAACAGAUUUGCUACAAGACGCUCUUAUUACAAGGAGUAAUCAGCAUCAACAACAAAGCAAAAAUAAUUUCAAAGAUGGUGCUCAAAAGCCUUCUUCGACGUGGAGGCGUAGCACUGGUUGGAGGAGAGUACCCAAAAACAACCAUGAAACACACAUCCCUGUCCCAAUACACUUAAAGGAUCGUCUGAAAUCUCCACCUCCAAUACCAGUUCGAAGACAUUGCGCAAGCUAGCCAUCUCUGUACUUUGUAGACUAAGGCUAAACCCAAUUUCUCGGGAAAAUAUAUUCAAAACAGGUCUGAUAUCGAUCAGGAAUUCGAAGUAAUUUGAUUAAAAUUACUUGUUUGUUACUGCAAUGACAUUAGUUAGAUAGUAGAUUUAAGCUUAAAAUGUGAUAGUACGUUUAGUAUUCGAAAUAGUAAUAGGUACAGAAAAAAUUCUAAGCGAUCACUGCCAACAUUGCAGAAACCUCAUAUCGUUUCUUUAAGAGAACAUCAAUCAAAUUGCGGGACAAUAAUAUAAAGAUAUGAAUGGCGAAAGCAGCAUUCAACGCAAACGAUGUUAACUGCGGUGUUACUUAGCAUUAUGUAUAUAACGUAACGCCUAGCAACAGUAGGUGUUACGAAAAACGAGGUUGUGAUCUCUGCUAAAUAUGCAUUUUGAACGAAAACUUUCUGCGUCGUUUUGACAGCAUGGCGAUGUUUUGUAGUAAUCAAAAACGAAAUAAAUUAAAUAAGGACAAUACAUUCGGCAAUCGAUUAUAUUGAAGAAAAAACGUCGAGAGUAUUGCGCUGCAAGAUGAUUCUGUUGGAAGUAGUUUAUCAAUCGUUAUUAAUUUGUUUUGAGAACCGAAGACAUUGAAGCUAGUAAGACUAGUAAGGUAUUGUUUUUUUGUGUUAAACAGAUUUAGAACUGAAUAUUUCGUUUCAUUUUGUUUUCUGAGUUAGAGCAAUAAAAGUCAUUAGUAUAGUGAAAAGUACAAAUGAUUCGUUAGUUUUGAAACUACUAGCAGCGCUUGCAAUUAAAUUAAAAUCUCAUAGUUUUGAAUUUUUUUUACAAUCUCACUAUUUAAUACUUUGCGUAAUAAUUUCGAUUGAAUACUAUUUGAACAAGUUGAUCAUUUAUGUAAUUUCGCUCUCGCUUACUAUUCGCGUUGAAACGAAUUGACGAUAAUUUGUACUCAAGAUAGAACGAAUGGAGAAUGAUUUUAGUUGUCAGAAAAUAUUUUCACAUACGCGAAUGCGAAAAACAUUUCAGUUUCAUCAUUUACCAACAAAUAGUGUCAGUUUCGUAAAAAAUAUACUAUCAAACUAUCAUACUCUUAAAACAGAUAAUAAAUAUCCGUGCAUUUGUAGAGAAACUUUCAGGUAUAGGAAAAGGUUUUCAAUCGAAUUUUGCCUAUAAUAGCAGUUAUAACGAGUUUGUAAAAUAAUCUUUGUUCAGAAUGUGCCAGUGCGCAUAUGUAUUCACUUCUCUUUUUGGAAAGACCAUAUUUAUGAUGAAUAACAUAACCAUUUAUUUGUUUAUACAAAUUAUAUACGAGUAGAAAUCAACAAUACAAAAAUAAAACAUAGAAAUCAA